GAGCUUGAAAACUACCGUACUGAAGUCGAGGAAGCGCGAGGCCCCAAGUGUUGUGCAAGUGGGUGAUACCUACUACUUGUUCACUUCUGAAGCAGCAGGGUGGUACCCUAGUGCGGCAAUGUACAUCAUGUCAAAGGACAUGGCUGGUCCAUGGAGCGAUGCCAAUCUGCGACUGCUGGGCGACUUGGCGCUUUUUGGCUCUCAGUCCGGUCAAGUUCAGCAGGUUGGCAAUGAUUAUGCUAUGGUGAGCAAUAUCUGGGGCCAUGAGUGGACGUACCCAACGCAACUCAUGCCAGCGCAUGAAGUUGAUCGACAGCUUCUGUUGCCGCUAAGCUUUGCUGACGGGAGAGAAGGCGUUCAUGCUCAUUUCUAUCCGAGUGUCAUGUACAAAGAUGUGGAGGGUGUACCAGCUGGCCAAGCCAUGUAUGGGGUGCAAGCAGGCCGCAUUCUUUCCCAGGGCCAGCCGAUCUUUCAAGGUGGGUUUGGGGAUGGGCGCGAGACGGAUGGGCGAUAUGAUUCCGAUGGAGGGUGGAGUCCUGGACAACCAGAGCGACUGUCUAUCCUGGGUGUCAACCUCACCAAUGCCUUGACGCCUGACCAAGGAUACAAGAUUACUGCUGUUGAACUUCAUUUCACAACAGUUGGAGGAAGCGAGAUGUUUUACAAUGUCAUCAUUGGAGCAAGGCACAAAGGUGGUAGACCACUGGAUGAUUCACUCAUCCUUGGCCCUGGACUGUUCAAGAUGGUACCUGGCUUCCAGCAUUACGACGUUGCAUCUGCAGCUGGGAGUGCUACGUUUCAUGAGGUGCGCUUUUACUUUGGGCAAGCGCUGAAGAUGGACGGCCACAAAGCUGGCUUGUGUGCUGCACUUGCGGAAGUGACCAUUUAUGGGUUCUGAAGGUCAAUACUGUUGUCAUAGACCCAUAGCCCUUGGCAAUCGCGGGACGAUUCCAGGCGUAGAAGACUCGAUCGAGUCCUGCGCAAAAAAGUUGAAAUUGUC